ACCGAGAGGAAAGAGCUUCAUAUAAACUCAUCGCUCAUGCUGUUGGACAAGGAGGCGUAAAAGAGAAGUCAAUGGAAAUCAUUAUUGAUGUGAUUGAUAUGAAUGAUAAUAAACCUCAGUUUACACAAAAUCCUUUUAAUGGAAAUGUUCCUGACGCUGCUCCAAAAGGUAUUUUCAUGUGGAUUUGCCGAGGAGUCGUCAUGCACACCUGGAUUUGAUUCAGAGUCGUUUGUGUUUAAAGUGCACAGAGAUCAUCUUCACAGAGGAAAAACACUAGGAAGAGUAAUCUUCAAUACCUGUGAUGUAAGAUCAAGAUCAGUCUUUCAGUCGGAUGACAAGCGGUUCAGUGUGAGAACAGAUGGAAGUGUAAGACUGAAGACACCGGUGACUCUUCAUGAUGGAUAUAUGAUGUUUGAUGUACACGUUUGGGACUCCAGUGAUAUGAAGCACACAACAUCUGUCAGAGUUGAAUGUACUGCUCACCAUCAUGAAGAUCAUCACAUGAAUACUGCCGUGAACAUCACACCACAGAUGAAAUCUUUCCCUGAUGAUUUGAUCGUGAGGUUUCCAAGCUCUUCAGCAGGUCUAAAGAGAGUAAAGAGAGGUUGGAUUAUUCCACCGUUGACAGAAUCUGAAAACAAAAAAGGUCCUUUCCCACAAUAUCUGGCUCAGGUGAAUUAUGAUGUGGUGAAGUACAGUAUCACAGGUGAAGGAGCAGAUCUGCCACCUGUGGGUCUUUUCAUAUGUGAUAAACGUACAGGAUCUGUUUAUGUGACGCAGCCCCUCGACAGAGAGAAAAAAGCUUCAUAUAAACUCAUCGCUCGUGCUGUUGGAGAAGGAGGCGUAAAAGAGAAGCCAAUGGAAAUAAUUAUUGAGGUGAUUGACCAAAAUGAUAAUAAGCCAGUGUUUACUCAAAAUCCUUUUAAUGGAAAUGUUCCUGAAGCUGCUCCAAAAGAUUAUGAGUUUAUGACGGUCACAGCCACUGAUGCAGAUGAUCCAGAAACUGAUAAUGCUGAUCUCAGAUACAAAAUUAUCAGCCAAGAUCCACCAUCACCAAAUCCAAACAUGUUUGACAUCAAUUCUGUAACCGGACGGAUUCGUGUGAUCAGUGCAAGCCUGGAUAGAGAGAAAUGGCCUAAAUAUACUUUGGUCAUUCAGGCUGCAGACAUGAAAGGAGAGGGUUGGAAAACUAAUGGAACAGCUCUUAUUAUUGUCACUGAUUGCAAUGAUAAUCCACCUCAAUUUGAACAGGACACGUAUGAAGUUUCUGUCCCAGAGAAUCAAGUAGAAGUGGCCAAACUCACGGUUACUGAUGAAGAUGAACCUGGAUCACCUGCCUGGUCAACUAAGUAUAAGAUUAUCAGUGGUGAUGAAGGAGGAGUUUUUAAUAUCAGUACUGGACCCAGUCAGCUGGAGGGAAUCAUCACCACUGUGAAGCCGCUGGACUACGAGAAGAACAAGCAGUACAUUUUGUCUGUGAUUGUUGAGAACGAUCAUCUGUUUGUCGGCUCUUUGCCCACCUCCACCGCCACAGUCACUGUCAAUGUUGAGGAUGUGAACGAGCCUCCGGUGUUUAAUCCAAAGGAGAAGCACAUUAUUAAACCUGAAAAUGUUCCUGUUGGUAGUGACUUGGUUGCUUUUACAGCCACUGAUCCAGACACUGAAAGAUCACAGAAGUUAACGUACAGAAUCGGCAGUGAUCCCGCUGGCUUUCUCAGUGUCGUUGAAGAUACGGGAAUGAUCAAAGUCAAGAGUCUUAUGGACAGAGAAUCUAUCGAGGUCAAAGAUGGCAAAUACAAAGCCAUCAUUCUGGCCGUUGAUAAUGACGCGACUGCUAGAGCGACCGGCACAGGAACCCUGAUCAUUGAGCUGGAGGAUGUGAAUGAUAACGCUCCCUAUAUUAAUGAAAGAGAAAUAAAGAUCUGUAAUCAAGAGGCGCCUCCAGUCCUCCUCUCCAUCACUGAUAAAGACUUACAUCCCAACGCUGGACCCUUUAGUGUUGAAACUCAGGGAGAUACAAGGAUAUAUUGGACUGCCAGGAUGAAUGAUUCAGCAACCGGCAUUGAGCUGAUGCUUAAAUCUGCGCUGGAGCCUGGCGUCUACAAUGUAGUCCUGAGAGUUUACGAUAAGCAGAAGUUGAAUCAGGACAGCACGAUUAAAGCCACCGUGUGUGACUGCAAGGGUGAAAGUGUUGUGUGCAGUGAGACGCGGACGGCUGGGUUGUCGCUGUCUGUAGUUAUCAGAAUCAUCUGCACCAUAUUUGGUCUGCUGUCUAUAUCCUAUCUACUGGUACUUUUUAUGAGACCACAGAUUUGUUUUGGUCAAGGCAACAGCUGGGACACAGAGGCACAGUUAGUUCGGCUUGGUUUGUUCUACCUCUUCGCUGACUACAGCUCACUACUACAGCUCACGGCAACAGCUGGGACACAAAGGCACAGCAACAGCGGGGACACAAAGGCACAGUUAGUUCGACUUGGUUUUGCUCUCGCCUCUUCGCUGACUACAGUUCACAGUCCGAUUGAUGAUGGAAAAUUCGGUCUAGCUGAUGGUCUUAUCGCUGUGGUUAGCUUCCGUCAAAUAUUCCCUCUGCUCACCCACCACGCUAUCUCAGGGGUAGGGCCGCCCUCCUUCUCUUGGAGGUAUCCACUGGAAAAACAGGUUCACAAUAUCUCUCCAACUACACCGCUUCAGCCUGGGAAAGAGAGCCGGACCGCUACCAGCAACGUACCCGAUGAGUACACACAGCACUUCAGUACAACAUCAACAACCAGCCCCUAA